AAACCCUCCCCCAGCAACUUUCGCCCCUGAAGCAGUCCACCAUGCAUUCCGCCGUGAACCGCGCGCAGAGCGUCUUCAGCUUCUUCACCACCGUGGCCUUCGUCUUGGCCGGGCUGACCUCCCUCACCGUGCUGCUGUAUCCCGCCCACGAUGUGACUAGUUCUGUCCAGCUGAAGAACGUCCAGGUACUCAAGGGCCGUCCGAUGUACUACUCGACCAAAAAGGAGGACUAUGCACAGAUCAAAUUUGAUCUAGAUGCAGACCUCACCCCCCUCUUCAACUGGAACACGAAACAGCUCUUCGUGUACGUGAUCGCGAGCUACUCCUCCGCCUCGCCCAAAGACCGCGAGACAGUCCCCUACACGGAAUCCAUCAUCUGGGACACGAUCAUCCCGGCGCCCGAAUCGGCGUACUCCCUGACUGCGCUGCGCGAGCAGUACUGGCCCGCUAAAUCGACGAAACGGUCCACCACCAAGAAAUCCAAUACGAAGAAGCCCAAAAAGGCAGACGAGCCGGGUGUUCUGCGCCUGCGCAACCAGCGGGCUAAGUACCAGAUCACCGAUAUCACGGGCAAGAUGGCUGAGCGCGAAAACGUAACCCUCACCGUCGGGUGGAACGUGCAGCCCUGGGUCGGGGCUUUGUGGUGGAGUCCUGGCACGGGUGCCGUGCCGCAUACCGCUGGUGGUGCGGGGAGGAGCGAGGCGUUUGAUUUCCCUGCUCUGAAGGGGAGUACCAAGGCGGCUACUGGGGGGAGCCAAAAAGCGUAGAUGGGGAAGAAGUUAUUAUUUAUAAUAAAGGCGCAUUUUAAAAACCCCGAUACGAGUACAAGUCAUGAAAAGCUAGCAUAACAGAAAACCCAAAUCAUCACACACAUCAUGCUAUUUAAAAAAAGAAACAGAAGAACCGCCUUUCUUUCAUAGUCUUGGUAACAUUUCACAUGGUCCCGUAACCCCGACCGGAAUGGCCACCGUUCUGGAUUCGUUCCGAGUACACGCCUGGCGCAUUGCGCUGCAUUGAUCGAGACGCAGGAUCCAUCUUGCUUCGUUGGUA